AUGCUGCUGCCCAGCCUACGUACGACUCUCCGGGUACGGCCUCGAGGUCCCAUCCGCCUAGCUGCACGGUCUGUAUCCUCGGUACCCCUUGUGCGCAUCCAAGAUGGUACUUUUUACCGCCAAUACCCGACCGAGAGUGAACGAGAUACUCCAAUCAAUCCACCGCUAUUCCCCAAUCUAAACUUCAAUCUCCCUGCGAAAAGAUCCUCUCCGGAAGACACUCUUCAGCAUUGGGCCAUUGUUGGUCCAUCCGGCCGCACCGACUUACUUGACAUCCUCCGAGGCCUACAUAUCUCCAUUCCACCGACCGCCCGCUCAUACCCCUACCUGCGCACCGAUGAGGUUCUCGCAAAGGAUCCGCAAUUACGCAUAGUCGGUAAUGCUAUACAAUAUAUUGGUUUCAGUGGCGAGGGAUCCGGGGCCAUUGGGGGUACCCGUGGUGCAUAUUUAAGUGCCCGAUAUGAAAGUCUUCGCGAGGAGACCGACUGGACGGUCGAGCAGUUCCUGCGGGGCAAGACCUCUCUGAAUCCCAUGGAAGGUGAAGAAAAUGGAACUGUCCGGGAUGAGAAGUUGUUGGAGGAGGUCAUUGCGGAUUUGCACCUCGAUGCGUUGCUCGACAUGCCUGUCGCGAAUCUCAGCAAUGGUCAAACUCGACGAGCACGCAUAGCAAAGGCCCUACUGAAGAAGCCGGAGCUUUUAUUGCUGGAUGAGCCCUUCAUGGGACUGGACCCGGCCACAGUACGAAGCAUCUCUGGGCUACUCCUUCGCUUAGCUGACAAGUGUUCGCCGCGCCUCAUCCUGGCUCUGCGCCCACAAGACACAGUGCCGGAUUGGAUUACACAUAUGAUGUUGGUUGGCAACACUCACCAAAUCCUGGCACAAGGGACUCGGCCUGAGAUCAACCAAGUUUUGCAGACCUGGCGCGGCCUCGCGAACCCCUCCCAGGCGAAGGGUCAAUCCGCAAACCCCGAAGAGAAAGCCAUCAAACUUCGUGCUCAAAAGAACCUUAAGGCAGGCCUUCUUGACCAGGAGCUCCUUCGGGACUUCACUGCCAACCACAAGGCCUCAAACCGGAUCAAACAGCGCGAGACACCAAUUGGGGGCGACGCCCUGAUUGAAAUGGAUGGGGUCCGGGUUCAAUACGGCGACAAGGUCGUUCUUGGUAACUGGAAGCAGAAUAUCGAGAAGCAGCCCAAAGAGGGUCUUCACUGGCGUGUCCGACGUGGCCAGCGCUGGGCUAUCCUCGGUCCCAACGGAUCUGGUAAAACGACCCUUCUGUCAUUGAUCACCUCCGAUCAUCCCCAAACAUACUCGCAGCCUAUCAAAAUCCUUGGCCGCUCUCGACUGCCCGAGAAUGGCCAGCCGGGAAUUUCUAUAUUCGAGCUGCAAUCCCGACUGGGACAUUCCUCGCCUGAAAUCCACGCCUUCUUUCCCCGCCAAUUAUCAAUCCGUGCUGCCCUAGAAUCUUCCUUUGCCGAGACCUUCCUCGCCCGGCCCAAACUUGAUCACGAGCGCGAUCUAGACGUGUCCGCGGCGUUGCGGGAGUUCAAGGCUGAGUUGGAUCCCAAUGCAGCCUCGGCACAGUCCAAGCCUCCCAAGAUCGCAGAUUCGGAGCUUUUCCCCAAAUUAACGACGAAGGGUCAAGACAAUCCUGCUCCUUAUAUACCUGAUGAUUUUGACGUCGAGUACGCCGACCAGGUGCUUUUCCGUCAACUCACCACCGCACAACAGCGCAUCGUGCUGUUUCUCCGCGCUCUCAUUCACAAGCCCGAUAUUGUCAUCCUCGACGAGCCCUUUUCCGGCUUAACGGCCUCACAGCGCGAUAAGUGUUUGAACUUCCUGGAAAAUGGUCAAUCCGGGCGGCCUUCUGAGCAUGUGCGACACCAUGGUCUAUCAGAUCAGCAGGCUCUGCUUCUGAUCAGUCAUGUCAAGGAGGAGAUUCCAGAUUCCGUUCGGUAUUACAUGCGACUGCCAUCCGUAUCAAAUGACCCGUCUACAGAUCCCCUUGAUUUCCGAUUUGGCGUCCUCAAAUCCUCGAGCAACCUCGGCGAUGCGAAAACAUGGGAUGUAGCUUGGUCUUCUCCUUCCGAGUUCAAGAAAGCUACUAGGCGUAGCUUUCGCCGGGCCAGUAAGGAGGAAACCCACUCCGACUUUUCGACCUACGAAUAUUUCACAGCAUGA